GUCUCAAAAUGCAAAGUGCUGGAUGGUGAACGCUGAGUUGGACCGCGGCAAAGCCCUGGGAGCGGAGCUGCGGCCGGGGACGUGCUGCCGUCCGACGCUGGCGCUCAGCCUGGCACUGCACUCACGCUCUUACCGCGCAGAGCAGCGGCCGUGUAGGGGAAGAUGUUGAGUCGGCUGAGGAGCGGCAGCAUCAGGAAUCUGGACAGAGAGUACAGCUGCACUGUCAGGCUCCUGGAUGACACGGAGUAUACCUGCACCAUUCAGAGGGACUCUAAGGGACUCUACCUGUUUGAGCUCAUCUGCCAACACCUGAACCUGCUCGAGAAGGACUACUUUGGCAUCAGAUAUGUGGACCCGGACAAGCAGAGGGUGGGUUAUGGAGCCGCUAUUUCUCCUUCACACACUCCUCUGUCUGAUCCUCUGACCAAGCAGAGGUCCCAGCCACCCUUCACCAUGUGCUUGCGGGUCAAGUUCUACCCCCCUGACCCUGCCACAUUGAAAGAAGAGAUCACCAGAUAUCUAGUCUUCCUGCAGAUCAAGAGAGAUCUGUACCAUGGCCGCCUCUUGUGCAGGACUUCGGAUGCAGCCACUCUGGCCGCCUACAUACUGCAAGCCGAGAUCGGGGACUACGACCCCGGGAAGCACCCUGAAGGUUACAGCUCGAAGUUCCAGUUCUUCCCCAAGCACUCUGAGCGGCUUGAGCGGAGGAUUGCCGAGAUCCACAAGACGGAGCUGAUAGGACACACGCCGGAAACGGCUGAGAUGAACUUCCUGCAGAAGGCACAGACGCUGGAGACGUACGGCGUGGAUCCUCACCCCUGUAAGGAUGUUUCCGGAAACCCCGCCUUCCUCGCAUUCACCCCAUUUGGAUUUGUUGUGCUUCAGGGGAACAAGAGGGUCCAUUUUCUCAAGUGGAAUGAGGUGACCAAGCUGAAGUUUGAAGGAAAGACCUUCCACAUAUAUGCGAACCAUAGGGAGGACAAGAAGAUCAUCCUGACAUACUUUGCACCGACUCCAGAGGCCUGCAAGCACCUGUGGAAAUGUGGGGUGGAGAACCAAGCUUUUUACAAGCUGGAGAAGUCGAGCCAGGUGCGUACUGUGUCCAGCAGUAACCUGUUCUUCAAGGGAAGCCGCUUCCGAUACAGCGGACGAGUCGCCAAGGAAGUCAUGGAGCAAAGUGCAAAAAUAAAACGUGAUCCUCCAGAGAUACACAGAGCUGGGAUGGUGCCCAGCAGGAGCUGCCCCUCCAUCACUCAUGGCCCACGGCUAAGCAGUGUCCCCCGAACGCGGAGGAGAGCUGUGCACAUCUCCAUUAUGGAGGGCCUGGAGUCUCUGCGGGAUAGUGCUCACUCCACGCCGGUGCGCUCCGUGUCACACGGCGACUCCUUCUUGCCACGUUCCCACGGCGUGGCGGCAGACGGCAGCGAGAGGGCGUCGGUAAUCGCUGAUGAGGCCUACAGCCCUUCUGACAGCGUGCUGCCCACCCCCGUGGCCGAGCAUAGCCUGCUGGAGCUCACCGCCGCACGGCAGCUCAACGGCUCCCCCUGCAGCAUCGAGGAGGAAAAGGAGUGGGAGGCAGGGAUGGCACCGGGCGGGGAGGCGGGCGAGGCCAGGCUCGGCAGGAAGCCCCCCAGCACGGCAACCCGCACAGGCGCCAUCUCAUCGCUAAGCGGAGUGGAGCAGCUGAACAAGCUGGUGCUGAGCGUUGUGCGGCUGCUGCUGGUCACCAUCGGACUGCUCUUCAUCCUCCUCCUCCUCCUCAUCGCCCUCACCGAGUCAGACCUCGACAUAGCCUUCCUGCGAGAUAUCCGGCAGACCCCGGAGUUCGAACAGUUCCAUUACGAGUAUUUCUGCCCCCUUCGGAGGUGGUUUGCCUGCAAGUUUCGCUGGCUGGGGGGGCACCUCAUCAACAAGUAAGAAGUGGGGGGGGGGGAGAGGAUGACAUCACCUGGCAACGCGGAGGGUGGCCCAACCCCCUGUGCUGUCUCUCCCUCACUUCUCUUACUUUACCUUUUUUAAACGACGGAACUUUCUUUCCAUUUGUUUUUCUCUCCAGAAUGUUCUGGCUGUCUGAGCAUUUAUUUUUACAGAAAUACAGUUCUUUUUUUCAUCAAAAUGACAUCAAAGAAUAAAAAAAAGGUGCACACACUUUCCUUCAGAGAGACAUAAUACAUUUGUUAUGAUCAGUGGAAACAAAGCCUUUAUUUUCUCUAUGUCCAUUUUAACGUGAAUAGGAAGCUGAAUGGACUGUGAGGUCGGAAAGGCAGAAGGUGCUGGUGCUUGUUAGUGGGAGGUGGUCGACACCAUGGAGGUCGAGGUGGCCGAUUAAUGCCCUCGGUUUUUACCGUGAUGUUAAUCUUUGCUGUGCUGGUUGUACGGGAGCGCCACCUAGCGGAUGCUGAUGGGGUAUAACUGAGCAUGUGCAGAGCUGGACAGCUUAGAAUUGCAGAGCUGUGUUGGUUGGGUUGAUUUGUUUAAGGUCUGGCAUGUUUUUAUGAGCAGCAAACAGAGUCUUUAUGCUGCCAGGUUUAUUUAAGACAUCCAGAGUCAUUUCAUAGCAUCGAGGUGUGUGCAAACAGCAGCAACGAGGCAGGUUGUAGAUGUCAGACUCUUUUGGUGACUUUCAGAGACAUUUAGGUAGCCAAGAUGACCUUCUGCAGGCUAGCAUAACAGCGUCCAUCUCCAUUAAGCAGCGAUCACGGUGUACACACGGGCAACACGCCUGUGCAUGGCCGAGAUUAAUAAAUGGAUGCUUGACGGACAGACCACGAGCAGAACAUCCUCCCAGAUUCCCGUCUUUGAUUUUCUUUGAAAUUUUACUGAUUUCAUUUUAAGUUCAGGAUGUUACUGGAGGGGGCUCCAUAUGAGUUUUUUUUUUUUUUUGGGGGGGGGGUGAUUAGUUUGGAGUUUGGUUUGAUUAAAGAUGUUAAGUUUGCAGUUAUGGAAAUUAUGCUAUUAAGAAUUAUUAGUUUAUCUGUAAUAAUGCUGUACUUUUUGUACAAAAAUAGCUUCUUCCCUAAUAUAUUGACAGUUUUCCAUGUAUAUUUUUACAGAAUUGAAAUGUUAUUUUAUUAUUGUAUAUUAAAUUAUGCUUUUUUAGCAUUGUGGAUCAGGUGAAGCUUACAGUCUGAAGGGGAAGUUGGAAGAAGGUCUUUUAAAGUGAGAGUUUAUCCAGGUCCUACCUAGAAGCAGUACUUUGCCCUCGAUGAAACCACCUUCAGCUUUUAAGGUCAUGCUGCAUUCCUCACAUCUCUACCAAAGAUACCUGCUACAGCAACUGGACGAACUCUUAGUUUAGUGUAAAUCAGUGAACCCUGGUAUUGUCCAGUCUAGUCACAGUGUAUUCUAUACCUACAGUACCCUCUAUAGGUGAGCUGUGGUAUUGCCUCCAGUGUGUGGGAGUCAGGGCUCCCCCCCAUAGUCAUAUCCAUGUGAGAGAGCAAUAAAGUCAGCUGAGAUCCUGUGCUCAGGAUAAAACCCUGUUUGUGUUCAUUUCGCUCCCAGGGUGCAUAUACCAGGUGCAGGAGUAACACAGCUGUAGGCCAUAGUAGAGAUACAGGGGAGUUGUUAUUAUUUUGAGAUGGUGGGGUCAGGUGACCCUGCUGCCAGCUGGGGUGGUGAGGACGGGCCCGGAUGUCCGGGUGACUGCACCCUGGCACCGGCGCCGCGGGGGGCGGGGCUCUGUAUGCACUCGCUGCUCGUCAUUCUACUUUUGUAACCGUGCUGCAGGCGAGUCCAUGUCCUCACGGUGUUGGUCUGGGUAACUGCGAUCCCAGGGCUGGCUUUACCCGCCGCGCCGGAAAGCCGGUGUCACCGAGGAGCGGCUGCACUGUCGGGAACAGGAAACGGAGUCAUGCAGAGGAAAGCAAUUUCCAGGAAAAUGUGAUCAUGCGAUUGAAGCAGAAUACUAUGACAUAUUAGAGAUGCAACUUUUUUUUUUUUUAUACCGUUUUACUGGUAAUUUCUUUAGAAUUUCUUGAAUGGGGUUUGGCGACUGCUGUUAAGACGGAGUUUUAGAUUGUUGUAGAAGAACCAUGGUGCAGAAUCAGUGAGCGAGAUUUUUCAUAAUUUUUAACCAUUAAACAGCAUUAUGUAGCUUUAGUAUGAUGGUGGUCUUUCAAUGUGCACAAACAAGACACCACUUUUUAUCUCUAAGCAAUACUGUUUGAACAUUGUAAUAAUAAAAGGAUAGCAGUAAUAAUGUGUGGAUAGCGGCAGGCUGAGAGACUAGAUGGAUGCUGUUUACCGGAGCCUGUGUGUCGAAAUGCACAUAAUCUUCUCUCCUCAGUUCUAUUACACUUUUAUUCGAUAGUGCUGUAAGACGGAAUAAUUUCACAUUAGCUGCUUUAUCGUUUUUAGUUAUUUCUGUCAUUUAUGAAGAGUAUUUUGAUUUUGAAUUAUUCGUGUAGGCUGACAUUUCGUAUGCACUCUGUUGUAUCUGCUGUAUUUAGGGUUCACCCUAUGUGGGCUCCUGCUUCGUCUCCUCUCACCUCCAUACAGACCGCAGAAGCAAAUAAGGAGUCGAGGAGGCCGGCUGUGGAGCUGAUCGCGACUGUGAAAGCGGAGUACAGGCAGUCCCCGGGAUAAGAACAUCCGAUUUACGAACAACUCGUGCUCACGAACGGACUGCCAUAAAUCGUAUUAUAUUAAAAGAGUUAAAUAAUAAUAAUGAACGCACCAACUUUGUGACAUUCAUGGAAAUUCUGCGCGGCUUCAGCAGUUUGUUGACUCGUACAUGACACAGCAGAGUAUAUAGUUAGCCUACUUAUUAUUUAUUAUUGUUGUGUAGCCUACUGUAUUACUAUUAUCUUUCAAUGCUGAGAGACUUGUUUUCCCGUUUCUUCUCGUCCAACACAUUUCAUUGUAAUGUUGACCCUGUGUUAACAUACAUAUGAGAAAUAAAUUGAAUCGAACAAUCACCUGAAUUGAUUGUUUCCGACUUACCUACAGAUUCGACUUAAAGACAACCUUAGGGAAUGGAUGUCGUUCGUUACCCCGGGGACUGCCUGUAGUUUAGCUGGCUGUUAAACUCCCAAAGCCUUGCUCGAUGCCGCUUUUAUCCCGCUCGGGUCAGCCUGCGGAGGUCGGCGCGGUCUGUCCUCCCGGCUCGCCAGACGCUUGCCUUGCUGACGUCUCGCUCCUGGGGUCACGCACGCCUUGUGCCUGACGUCAUCCAGCAGAGGAAACAAACGAGGCCAGUAUGGAGCUGUGUGGAGGAGCUGGAGCGUGGCGGGGUCUUCUGUCUAACGCGCAGCGUGAAAAUGUGUCUGGAUGCCCUUGGUGACACACUGUUCUCCAUCGGAGCUGUUCUGUCUCUGUCUGUCAGCCUGGCUUAGGACACUGUAUCUCUUUAUUUUAGUAUUUUAGUUUUGAUAUGGGAUUGCUGUUAUGUUUUCUUAUAUGUGUGUGUAUGUAUCUGUACACACGUUUAUUGAACUGUGUGAAACAAGCUUCUGUUGGGUCUUUCUCAUUCUGAAUUCAUGUUUGUACUGUAGGAAACCCCUAUCAGAAACAGUGUUUCUCUCAGAUAGUCCCUUGUAACUGGUGCCAUGAACAUAUUAAACAUAUUACUUGAAAUAAACAUCGAAACAUGUUUAAAAGAUA